CCCUUUGUUGGGUGUUAGUUGGAGCUGUUUGUUGCUCUGAAACAUGGCAACAGUUUCUGAGCCAGAGGUUUCCAUGGACAAUAGUGAGAGCCAGCCCUGUUCCUGAGAGAGUGCCUCCUCAUGGGGGUCCCAUUGGUUCUAGUUUCCGAAUGUCUGAGGUUGGGAGUGUGUCCCCACUGCAGACUGUGAUGGUGCAGUGUGGAGAGCACAACCUGCUGGUCAGGGCCCAGCUGGAUUUAUUUGGAACCAGGCACCUGAUUAAAGCUGCUGACCUGACCCUGGGGACAGCAGGUUGUUGGCCAACCAGGGUCUACCCUGAGAACCAGACUGUCCUCUUUGACUAUGGGCUGCAUGAGUGUGGCAGCAGAUUGCAGAUGACUGAAGAUUUCCUGGUCUACACAACCCACCUGACCCACAUCCCAAACUAUCCUGGAUCUGUCAUUGUGAGAACCAAUGGUGCUGUUGUUCCCAUUGAAUGUCGUUAUUUGAGGAAGGGCAAUGUGAGCAGCAAUCCCAUCAAGCCCACCUGGAUCCCAUUCAGCUCCACCAGGUCUGGAGAAGGGCAUCUGUCCUUCUCCCUGCGUCUAAUGAAUGGUGACUGGCUGACAGAGCGCACUUCCACUGUCUACUCCCUGGGAGACCUCAUUCACAUUGAGGCAUCUGUUUCAAUGGCCAACCAUGUGCCCCUGAAGCUGUACAUUGAUCGCUGUGUAGCUACACUGAGCCCAGACAAGGACUCCACCCCGAGAUACAGCAUCAUUGACUACAAUGGUUGCCUCCUGGACAGCAAAGCUGAGGACUCCUUUUCAACCUUUGUGUUGCCGAGAGAUGGGCGGGAGCUGGACAAGCUCCGGUUUGACCUGGAUGCCUUCCGUUUCUAUGGAGAUGAGCGAUCCUUG